AUGAAAAUGAUAUUUUUUUUGACACCACAAAUUGAACCUUCAAUAAAAACAGUUGAUCAUAAUAAUCUUUUAAAUGCAACUGAAAUACAAAAUGAAAUUAAAAAUCGUCCAGAAUUAUGGUUUAAAUUUUAUUUAGAACCAAUUGAAUGUGAAAAUGGAGAUUGUUAUACAUAUGUUGAAAUUGUUCAUUAUGAUCCUCAUAUUAUUGAUCGUAUUUUUCAAAUUUCUGCUAUGAUUUUAAGUGGAUGCUUAUUUAUUGGUGCUUACAACUACAAAAAAUUACCCUUACUGAUUGGUCUUGUUGGAUUAAUUAUUGUUGAUCUUUCGUGGCAAUAUAUCAUUGAACGUAUGGAGUAUAAAACUUCAUGUUUUGGACUUGUGUUGAUCCCUAGCAAGACUUUAUUUAUGAUCAUUUUAUUUCUCUCAUUUAUUAAAAUGUAUUUUUGCCUUGUUAUAUACAACUUGUACUUUCAAUUGAAGCAUAAUAUUAUGCUUUUACCAGUACAUCACGAAAUUAUAUAUUAAUAAUAAAUUAAUAAAACAAUUA